GAGCUGUGGAGCUGUCCCGGCGCCACCCGGUGGCGUCCUGGCUGUGCGCCAUGUUGCACUGUUUCGGGAGCUACAUCCUGGCCGACUUGCUCCUCGGGGAGCCCAUCAUUGACUACUUCAGCAACAGCUCCAGUAUCCUGCUGGCCUCUGCAGUGUGGUACUUGAUUUUCUUCUGUCCCUUGGACCUCUUCUACAAGUGCGUCUGCUUCUUGCCUGUGAAGCUCAUCUUUGUGGCUAUGAAGGAGGUGGUGAGGGUGCGGAAGAUUGCCGUGGGCAUCCAUCACGCACACCACCACUACCACCACGGGUGGUUCAUCAUGAUCGCCACCGGGUGGGUCAAAGGCUCUGGUGUCACCCUCCUGUCCAACCUGGAGCAGCUACUUCGAGGAGUCUGGAAGCCAGAGACCAAUGAGAUCUUGCACAUGUCUUUCCCCACCAAGGCCAGCCUGUACGGAGCCAUCCUGUUCACCCUGCAGCAGACCCGCUGGCUCCCUGUGUCCAAGGCCAGCCUCAUCUUCGUUUUCACCAUGUUCAUGGUGUCAUGUAAGGUGUUCCUGACGGCCACUCACUCUCACAGUUCUCCAUUUGAUGUUCUGGAGGGUUACAUCUGCCCGGUGCUGUUUGGGACAGCUUGGGGAGGUGAUCAUCACCAUGACAACCAUGGAGCACCACAUGGCAGCGGGCUAGGCACCACGCACUCAGGCCUGCCCGCCAAGGCCAGGGAGGAGCUGACCGAAGGCUCCAGGAAGAAGAAGACCAAGAAGGCGGAUUAGGGGGCAGCCCCAGGCAUCCAUGGGGUUCUGGGGAGAAGGGUGUAGACUCGGAACCUCACAAUUUAGGGGCACACAGGGCUCAGAGUUCUCUGUGGCCUCAACUUCCCCAUCUGCAAUAUGGAACCAUUAGCCACUCCCAGGGCCGACAUGGGGCUGAGAUAUGCAGGAGUGAGAAGCCCUGCUUUCUGCGAGACGUCUCAUGACAUCACAGCCUUCGGGGUCACCCAGUCCUCAGCAGAAGCCCUGGCCAGUAGACUCUUGGUUUUCUUUCUUUGUUCUUUCAAAUUAUAUCUUGUAACCAAAACAAUUUAAAGCCACUUGGAGACUCAGUUACCCAAGUUCCUCCCGAGAGCCAGGUACCGGGGUUCCCACAUCCUUUCCUGCCUUUCCAGUCCUUCUGGGCAUCUUGGGGCAAAUGGCUUCAUUCUCUGUGCCUCCUGCUUCCUCUCAGUAGCAUGGAGACCCCAGGUCCUCCUGUGUACAGAGGGUAGAUAAUGCCAAAAGUUUCCUCAGCAGCAUGCUAUGGCCAGGGAGCUGGGACCUGGAUGAGGGUGGUGGCAGGUGCUUUGUAUGGAUGCUUUGUUCAUUAGGGCCGUUUGUGUUUGGGCCCAGAAGGUCUCAGCAGUUACUCAGCCAAGCAGACACAUCCAGGGCUAAUGGUUAGGAAGUGGAGCUUGAGUUCCAUCUGCCCACAGACAAAAGAAGUGUAGCCACCUGCAUGCAGUGCAGAGUGUCACAUCGGAUGUCCCUCAUGCUGGAUAAGCAUCAUUCAUUCAGUCAUUCAACAAACACAUGGAUCCACAACUGCUCCGUGUAGUGUUGUGCUGCUGCUGGGGAUGAGUAGGCCUUGCACAGGGCAAGGGCUGUGGCAGCCAAAGUCGCCAGGAUAUGAGAGGGGUGAGUGUGAGGCACGGCUGGGCUCAGGCCUCUGUGAAUGCCCAUUGAUGCCCGUUUGCUGAGAAAGUGCCUUUUCAUGGCAUUGUCUGGAGUUCGGAAGGACCUGAGACUGGAAGCUCCUGGGUUUCAUCUCCACUGUCAGACAAAGCUCAGUGUGAGUGAUCAGCCAAUAAAUGUGGUGCAAGUAAACCAAG